CUACAACGUCACUUAUUUCGAACCGAUAACCCAAUUUCUCCUAUAAAAAUGUGUAGAAAGGCCACAUGCGGAACAUGCAACAAGACCUCCUGGUGGGGUUGCGGCAGCCACAUCCCAUCUGUCAUGGACAAUAUUCCUGACGCUGACCGCUGCGCCUGCGAGCCCAAGGUCGAAGUCGGCGGUGUCUCGUACCCGCCCAUGGCCGCGUCUCCAAACUGACUUAUCGAGAGGGCUGCUGCGCUGGUUCUCUGGACGCGAGGGAAGAAAGCGACGUGGUCGCCCACUGGCGUCGUUGAGGAACCUUUGAAGUCAUGAUAACGACGAUGCUGUGAUGAGCUAGAGGAUUGUACAGUACAUGAGAUAUGGAUUGGCGUGGCGUUGAGAGAGGGGGUUUGAGGGGGUUGGUAUCAGGGCAGACUAAGGUAUAUUAUACGAGUUUUUGGAAAGCAAUCACAAGCAUUGUGUCUAG